AUGUCCCGGCAGUCUGUCUGCAGAAGCUUUGGAGGUGGCAGCAGAAGGGGCUACAGCUCUUGCUCUGCCGUUGGCGGUGGCUUUGGAGGAAGUGGGGGCAGAAGCAGGAUCAGCUACAGCUCCUUCUCCACAUCCCGGGGAACUGGAGGCGGCGGACGCUGUGGAGGUUUCAGCAGCAGGAGCCUCCAUAACAUGGGUGGCAGCGGAAGGAUUUCUAUGGGUGGCUCCUAUGGCGGAGGAUACGGAUGUAGAAUUGUUGGCCUUGGUGGAGGCUACGGAGGAGGAUUUGGCAGCAUUGGAGGAGGUGUAAUUGGUGGAGGAGUAGGCAGCUUUGGUGGCCCUGUGAGAGGUGGUCCUGGGUUCCCUGGAGGCAUCCAACCGGUGCAGGUUGACCCAACCCUCCUGCGGCCAGUCCAUGUUGACAUUGACCCUCAGAUCCAACAAGUGAAGUGCCAAGAGAAGGAGCAGAUCAAGACCCUUAACAACCAGUUUGCCUCCUUCAUUGACAAGGUUCAGUGCCUGGAGAGGCAGAACCAGGCUCUGAUGACCAAAUGGGAACUGUUGCAGCAGCAAAGCUCCCAGCCGGAGGAGAGGAGAAGCAUCACCUCUUUCUUCCAGUCCUACAUCAAUAACCUGCAGAGGCAGCUGGACACACUCCAGAGCCAGAAGGAGCAGCUGGAUCCAGAAGCCUAUGAAAUACUUCAGCUUGUUGAAGAUUACAAAAAGAGAUUUGAGGACGAAAUCAACAAGCGUGCAUCUAAAGAAGAGGAAUAUGUGGAGCUUAAAAAGGAACUGGACAGUGCCUACAUGAGAAAAAUGGAGUUUGAAGUUCGGGUGGAAAUACUAAAGCAGGAGCUUGAGUUCCUCAGAUGCUUAUAUGAGGCGGAGCUGUCCCAGCUGCAAACAGUAGUUGACAACACCAAUGUCAUUCUGUCCAUGGACAACGGCAGAGAAGUGGACAUGGAUAGCAUCAUUGAAGAAGUCAGGCAGGCGUAUGAGAGAACUGCUCAGAAAGGCAAAGAUGAAGUCAAUGCCAUGUACCAAGGCAGGUACCAGGACCUUCAGAACAUGUGGGUAAAUCAACGAGAGCAACUGAGGAACAGUUACCAGGAAAUCCAAGAACUUACCAGGCAGAUCCAAAGACUGCAGCCGGAAAUUGAAAUAGUCAGGAAAGAGGUGUCCUCUCUGCAGACAUCAGUUAGUGACACUGAGCAGCGUGGGGACCGUGCCCUGAAGGAUGCACAGGAGAAGCACAACGAGCUGCAGAAUGCCCUCCAGAAGGCCAAGGAUGAGCUGGCCUGCAUGCUGCGGGAUUACCAGGAGCUGCUGAAUGUCAAGGUGGCCCUGGACAUUGAGAUUGCCACCUAUAAGACUUUGCUGGAGGGUGAAGAGAGCAGUGAUCACAACACCGUGCAACACCUCCUCUGGCUGCAGCACCAGCCUGGGAAGUGGACCUUGUGCAGCGAGCAGAAGACAUGGGUCCUCCCCUGGUGCCAGCAGAGCAUCCCAACCUGGGGAUGA